AGCCAGAACCUGAAAAAUAGCAUAGUAUAUUAGCAUUGAUGAAUGAUGAAACAUGCCAUGUCCUAUCAUAUUAUCAUGUAAUCUAUUUCUUAUUGCAUACCAUAUUCCAGGCUUCCUAAAGUCAACAGUAGCUGCAGGGAACCCUCUGAGGCUAGCUUGUGCUUCAGCUGGAGGAAAAUUUACAUGCUUUGAAAGAAAUUGGCUAAGGACAGACUUGAAUGUGAUCGGAUUCGGGUUGAUCGGGUGGCUAGCUUCAUCAAGUGUACCGACCAUUAAUGGAAACAGUCUCUCAGGUCUCUUCUUCUCUAGCAUUGGAGAGGAGUUGUCUCACUUCCCUACUCCUCCUGCCCUUACUUCUCAAUUCUGGUUGUGGCUGGUACUGUGGCAUCUAGGGCUGUUCUUGUGCCUUACUUUUGGGCAGAUUGGCUUCAAGGGGAGGACUGAGGAGUACUUUUGACUUUUGACUUUGCACAAAUGCAUUUUAUCUCUUUUUUUUCUCCCUUUCUUCUCUACAUGUAUAAACCUACAAUUAAAUGUCUUUAAAUUAGUAUGUAUGUACUAUCCAUCCGUUGUAUUAUUGCCCUCUUCAUGAGAUU